GUUGAAGUGGCCGCGUCGUCGUUUCUUGGGCCAGUGGUAGCGGUUCCUCGUCCGCGUACGAUCGAGAGACGCGCUCCGAUCGCCGCGCUUUCGGAGCGCACGUGUUUUCCACGAUUCGCGAACAAUCGAAUCGAAUCGAAUCGCGUUUAUCGCGUUUAUCGCGACGUUUCACGCGUCCCCCCGUGAUCCGUAUCUCGGUCUAAUGGACUUUUAAUUUAAACCGCUGUCGAUAUCGCGAAUAAAACGGAAAUGGCGAAUUGACGUCUUAUCGAAUUUGCGUCGUUGCCAAUCAAUGACAAAAUGUUGACUGAUAACAAGUUUGAGACAAAAUGUUCGAUGAAUAUCGACAAAUAGUUUCGGAACGCGUAGAGAGACGUGUUAUUGUGAGUCAUCGAUGGUGCAAGACUCUUGGUAGCGGCGCUUUUUUUUCUUUUAGCGCGAAAAAAACAGAGAAAGCUCCGAGCCGGAGAGCGUGAGAGAUACCAGUGAACGGCGGUUAGUUUUACUGCCUCGUAACUGCGCGGGAAAACAUCGCGGGUGUUCGAGAAACGCGGAAGUUCCUCGCCCGAUCGUGGAAUUUCAAGGUGUGAAUACGUAUCUAUUCGAAAUAGGAGACGCGCGGUUGACAAAUGUGUCAAAUCUCUUUGACGUUUGUCUGACGUUGUAAAAAUAAAAGCGAGAUGUAAUUUUGAGAUGUGAGAGACCGCGCAAAAACGCGUACGGAGAUCAAAACCAACGCGAGAGACACGCGAGAGUAAAGAGGAAACGAGAACGUGACACAAGUUCGCUCAAGUUUGUCUCAAACUUUCUUCUCGCGCGCGCGCGCGAAACUGCGGUGUGUUGUAAGCGAAAUUACAUCCGGCGAAUCGAAGACGAUUGCGCGCAAUGACGAUGAUUUAAAAGGAAAAGUGCGCGGCGUGUUUGCGGAUCAAGUGCCGUUGUCGCGAAGUACACGUGGCUUGCGAGCAACGACAGAAAGAGAGAGAAUUCGAGAAAAAAAAAAUCCUUUCACACACAAUGGUUCACACGAGUUACGCGCAGUGGGCCUGUCUGCCGAGCACGUACCGGAAAAAGGUAAAUCCGGGAAGCAAGGCGGCUCAACAAGGCGUGAGAGAGGGUGAUUUGAUUAGUACCAUCAACGGAAAAAGUACUCGGGAUCUGACAAACAGCGAGGCGCACACUUUGCUGCGCACAUCUGGAGAACAAUUAAAACUCGGUCUGAAUCAAGAUAACAUCGGCUCACCGAAAAGAAGAAUCUACAAGAGCAGCUUGCAGGAAAAUACCACCACCGAGAUUCACAACAAGAUCACCACAAAGACCACAACUACAACGCGCACACGAACGGAAGCGGAGAAAAACGUUGCCAAUGACACAAAAGUCGAGCAGAACUACGCCAAUCAGAACGGCACUUUGAAGAGCUGCCCGAGCGAACAACAAAGCGACAUUAAGAAAGACCGGGCUAAGUUGCCGGGGAGCGUUAAUAUUGAGUUGUCAGAAUCGGAGAAUAACGAGAUGGAGGAACGCUGGCGGGCACUCUCAACGGAGGAUCCGCGUGUUCUGGUUUGUCUGUCGCCGUCGCAGCAGGCCACGCAGGUGCGCACGAGCGCGGACACCUUGUUGGAUCUUCAUUGCAAGUUUCUGAAUCGGUACAGUUACCGCAACGAGCACCCGCAGCGGGUUCCUCUGCCGCAAUAUCGGGUGCAUAUUCAUGCACCAAGCAACGCGAAAGAGGAUAAUGACAACGCGGCCUCGAGAACACCCAGACCACCCGCUCGUGCGCCUCAUCAUCACGAUACCGAGAAAUCCAGACUAUUUGAGAUCAUCAAGGAGGAACGGAAGCAUCCUCGAAACGAGACCGUUGCUGAUAAUCGCCGAACAACCACCGACGACACUUGGAACGUCUCUAUCGGAGAUCAAGAACGUCUCAAGGCCGUUCGCACGAACGACUGGCUGAACCAUGCCAGACGCGAUCGCAGAAGCGCCACCGCGAACGAGUUAUUCCUGGCUGCGGCGAGGGGCGAGGACGGCGAGCCGAGCGAUGAUAAGACGGCCGAUCACGUGGCUCGGCCCGAUCAGCUUAGGAUUACAACACGGUCCAUGCCGAACGAUGAUGCAGUUCACGAUUCGGAUAGGCCGUCCGCGAGUCACGUGAAGAGUUCGUUCGCGUUGAACAGCGCCAUUAUCGAUCGCUCGAUGGACACGACGACCGCGAAGAGAACGUCGCCGUCUCUGCGAAGAACAACCGAUCCCAGCAAACACGUGAAUCCGGCGUUGAUAGACGACAAGCUUGAGGUGCCGCCGCUGCCGAAACGCACGGUCACGGUUGACAGAUCGUGCAUCGACACGACGAGCAUAUUCGAUCAGAAUCCACCGAGAAGCCACUUGGAACCACGAAGAGCCACCCACGAUACCACGGCGGAGAAGCUGAAGCACGUGGCCGCCGUGGAGAUCAUGGACAAGCUGAAGAAGUUGCAGACGGAAACUUCACGGCGAUUGGACGGCGGCGACAGAAGAGGUUCCUUGCCGCAGGAGUACUUCGUCCAGCAGCUAAAUUACAUCGAGUUGUUGGAGGAGCAGCUGAAGAACGUGAUACUGGCGGAGGAGGAGGAGAGAAAGGCCUUCGAGGAAUACCAGACGCAUUUUCGUCGAACGAAACAGAGCGACGACGCGAAGAAAUUCUCUCUCACUGACAUUCGCGAAGAAACUUGGAACGAAACCAAUCCGAAUUUCGAACGGGAACGCAAAAUUCCAAUCGAUAUCCUCGACGAAGAGUCGCCGAAAUUAAAACGUGCGGAGAAUAAGGAAGAAAAACGUCGAAGUAAUCUCGAAGAAGAAGAAGAAAAUCAUUCGAAGAAAACUCGUCGAAACGAACCGGAAAUUCAAAAGGAAUUCUGGCAGGAAAAAUCGCGAAACGUCGAGAAAGAUCGCACGGAGACGAUCGACAAAACGGGCAGUCGGCAGUUCCUGAAGAAGGUCUAUUGCGAAAACGGAAUUCGCGAAGAAUCGUCGGAAAGUGUCGAGCACGAGGAAUGCUACAGGCUGGUCGCUCGGACAGGUGGUAACGCGGAAAACGACGGAACGUCCGAGUUGCGUAAGAACGAAGCGAAUGAUGAUGAACAUCGCGCGGAAUCGGAAGAGCUGAAGAACGACGACGAGAAGACGUCGAAACAGACGUCAACAAACCUGCGCAGUAGUAACGUCGUCGAAGCGAAGAGACCGACUACGUUGCCGACGAACGGGGAGGCGUUUCGCCAACGUAUGUACGACGAAUACGUGCACAAGGUGUUGGAACGGCAAGAGCGGAAGAACCACAAGAUCGUAAAGAUCAGUUCGCGGGAGGACAUCAAGAACGGUGGCGGCAAGAAGUCGUCCGGUGGCGAGAACAUGAGCGAGAUGGCGAAGGAGUUUAUCGAGAAGGCGCGCAGCCGGCUGAGCAAGUUCGGCAUCAAUCUCGACGAGAGCGGGACGGAGCUUGAAGAGGACGAGAACGACGUGAUCAACGCCAAGUUCCUGAUCGACGGCAAGGAGCUGCGGGACACGCGGAAGUUGCCGAAGCAUCUGCGGGAAUUUCUGAAGAUCUCAACGAUGAACGACGACGGUGAGGGCGGGAGUAGCUGCGAUAACGUUGCGAGGGGGCGAGACAAUGACAACGGCGGUCUGCUGCUGCGCGAGAUUGACAAUGCUUUGAGAAUCGGCAAGGGAUUUCUACUUGGGCAAGAGAACGUUAUGUUCGCCCCUACGUUUAAAGCCUCGUCAGCGAAACCAGGCGUUUGGUCGCCAGGACAGACGCCGCCGGCGAAGGAGUCGCCUAAUCCCGAUCGAACCAAAGAGCCGCAGAAAAACGAGCCGAUCCCGCCGGUUUGGACGCCCGCCAGCGCCGGCGCGAGCCCCGUUGCCGAGAAGAAGGAAUUUCGUCCCGUGCCGUUCGAGAGUCCUGUGCUGAGUCGAAAGAAGCAGUCGAAGGAAGAGGAGACGCCUCCACCUUGGGAGAACGACAAAAGAGAGUGCUCGCGAAGCGUUUACGAGAGUAGCGCGCGAAUCGUCAAUUCGCACUCGGCGCCCUCGCAGGGGUUGAACACGCUCGCGUCCACACCGCGCCUGCCACGUGCCCAGAAUCCGACCAUCACGUUGUUGCAAAAAGCGAGAGAAGGGCAGUUGCCGAAAGGUGCGGCUUACUUGGAGGAAAACGAACCCGUUGACAAUCGUCCCUCGAGCGACGAGAGACCGUUAAUUUCCCCGGGAGAAAUAAUCUACGCUGUGAAGAAAGAAUAUGAGAGCGAGCCGGAAAUGGAGAACGAACCGCCGAAGAAGAUGGCCGAUCUGGGUCCUCGAAAAUUCGAGGGUAUCGGCCCGGUGACCAGGGAGGGUAUUCCUCUUGUGUUGAGAUCGGAAGUCAAGGAAAGCAAUCAAGCGAAAUGGUACAAGAAAAUGUACGACUCGUUGCACCGCGCGGACAGAAACGAUGACUACGUGACCAUAAAAUACAGACAGAGGAGAGGAGGGAGAUACGGAUACGGAAGCAGCAGCGGAUAUUUGAGCGAACCGGAACCACGCGUGUACUCGGAUCGAUCCGUGACUCUCGACAGCCGUCGACGGCUGCGCAACAAAGAAAAUGACUUUACCACGGCGACCAUGCCCAGAAAGUGA